AUGUACCUCUGCUACCAGCUCGUGUUGUCGACGUCGACGCCAAGCGAUGUGCUCGACGUUCUUCGGCGCAUGGGGCUCGAGCACGUGGCCUUUGUCGAGGCCGCGCUGCCGCGCCUCCUGCUCGCGCCACAUGUGGCGUUGCCCGUGUCGGACUGGAGCGGCGGUUUUGACACGCUCUUGGCGCCGCUCUCGGAUGCCAUCAAAUACGCUCUGCAUGUGCUCUUGAGCAACCACGUGAUUGUGUUGACGCACGCGGCCCAAGUCUCGGCGCUUGUAUCGUCGCUGCAAGCAUCGACGAUCUCGGCCGCCGCCAUUCUGCGGCUGGCGCACUGGCGUCACCGGCGAACGUCGUCGGCAUGGCGCAAGCUCUUGGCGACGAUUGCGGCGCCGCCGCCGCCGCCGCGACCGGAUCCACCGGGCGUCGUCCGGGUCCGGCGCGUGCUCGUGACGCCGCUGCGCAUUGUCGUCGACGUGCCCGACCUCGAUGCGUCCAACCGCGUCCUCCGUCUCUACGCAGCGCACCUCGACCGCUUUGUCCGCGCGACGUUUGUCGACGAGCACUAUGGGUCGGUGCACCGCGUCAAGCGCGACAUGCCCCAUCGGAUUGCGUCGAUUGUCAGGGAUGGCUUUUACAUUGCGGGCGCCCACUAUGUGUUUCUGGGUUACUCGAACGCGCAGCUGCGCAGCCAAAGCGCGUGGUUUUACAAUGCACCAACCAUGGGCGACGCGUCGGCGCCGAGCGUGGCCGAGAUUCACGCGUCGCUGGGGGACUUCCUGGCGAUUCCGACGGUCGGCAAGCGCGGUGCGCGGCUCGGCCAAGCGUUUAGCGGCACGACGACCGCGGUGGUCGUGCCCAUCACUGAGACGCUGCGGGUGCCCGACAUGGAGCGCAACGGCUUUUGCUUUUCGGACGGCGUUGGCAUGAUUUCGGUGACGUUGGCGGCGACGGUGGCGAGCGCGCUGCGACUGAUGACGGUCCCGUCGGCCUUUCAGAUUCGGUACGGCGGGCACAAGGGCGUCGUGUCGGUCAACCCGGCGCUGUCUGGGAAUGUGAGCAUGGCGCUGCGCCCGAGCAUGUGCAAGUUUGAGUCGACGCACGUCGCCCUCGAGAUUUGCUCGACGGCGUCGCGCAUGAGCUGCUACUUGAACCGCAAGCUCAUCUCGGUGCUUUCGGCGCGCGGCGUGAAGGACGCAACCUUUCUAGCGCUCUACGAUGACAUGCUCGCCAGCCUCGACGCGUGCCUUGGUAGCGCGGCGGCGGCGACGCAGCUCGUGGCGACGCACGACCCGAGCAGUCCGAUUGCCAAGCUCUUGGCGGCCGGCGUCGGGCUCGACGACCGGUACGUCUUUGAGUGGAUUGGUGUCCUCCGCAGCCGGCUCCUGCGCAACGUGGAGCUCAAGGCGCGCAUUUUGGUCCCAAACGGCGUCAACCUCGUGGGCGUCGUGGACGAGACGCAGUCGCUGCCCGCGCACACUGUAUUUUUCCAGACGCGCAGCGGACCGAAUCCCGCGUUUGGGUCGUCGGUUGCGGUCGGCCGGUGUCCGUGUCUGCACCCGGGCGACAUUCAGUGCCUCACGCUGGUGGAUGCGCCGGCCCUGCGCCACUUGUAUGACGUGCUGGUGUUUUCAAGUGCCGGUGACCGGCCAGACCCCGACACGAUGGCCGGUGGCGACCUCGACGGCGACGUCUACUUUUGCAUUUGGGAUCCGCGGCUGCUGCCGACGACGGUGUACCCGCCGAUGGAAGCCGCGAUGGCUGCGACGCCGCCAACCUCGGUGGACCCGACCAUGAACGCGAUUGGCCGAUUCUACGUCGACUAUCUCAUGAACGACAACCUCGGGCAGAUUGCCAACACGCAUGUCGUGCUCUGCGACCUGAGUCCGCUCGGCGCAUGCGACCCGCUGGCGCUCGCGUUUGCUUCUGCGCACGCGGUGGCCGUCGACUAUGCCAAGUCGGGCAUCCCGGCUUCGAUUCCCAAGUACCCGCCGAUGGACGUGUACCCCGACUUUAUGGACAAGCCCGACAAAGGGACGGCGCGCCUCGUCGAGCCCACGUGCCAUGCCAGGAUGCUCGGCUGCCUCGCGCCAGGCUUUGAAAUCUAUCAAAGCGACGCGCGCGAGAUGUUUGUCGACUAUACGUUGGCGCUCUAUGACGUGGCCACACGGUUUGAGGUCGCGACCGAAGCCGAACUGGUCUCGGGCUACGUGCGGCACCUCUCGGCCAAGGUCUGUCGCACGCGCGGCGCCAAGGCCACCGACGACACGCUCGAGCGCCUUCGCCUCGCGGUCCGCCGCGUCCAAAAGGAGUUUACCGACGUGUUUUGGGCCGAGUUUAGCGACCCGACCGACGACGACGUCCGUGUGCUCCAGAAGGCGUCGGCCUGGUACCACUGCGCGUACACGUAUGUCUGGCCCAGCGGCCACGCGCCGUAUUUGAGCUUCGGCUGGCUCGCUCUCGGACCCAUGUGCCACCUCGUGCGCGGCAGCCAGUCGUGA